AUGGAAAGGUUUUGGUCCAUCGAGGAAGACAACGCCUCUCCGUGCUAUUCCGUCGAAGAAGCCGCCUGCGAGGAACACUUCCGUCGUACGGUAACCCGCAACACCGAAGGUCGAUACAUAGUUCGACUGCCACUGAAGCAGGAUGUGUUGUCUAGUCUCGUCGACAACCGUCGUACCGCUCUACGUCGUUUUCACCAGCUAGAAGGUCGUCUAGUUCGCAAUCCCAACCUGCAUCAACAGUAUCGAGUCUUUGUCGAGGAAUAUCACGCGCUAGGACACAUGCAGCGCGUAACGGACUACGAAAAUCCUCCGACUCCAUGCUACCAUCUUCCGCAUCACGGUGUAGUGCGCGAAGAUAGCACGACGACCAAACUGAGGGUAGUUUUUGACGCGUCGUGCAAAACCCCCAACGGACCAUCGCUGAACGACGCGCUUCUGGUUGGACCAACCGUGCAAGAAGACCUGCGAUCAAUUAUAAUGCGAGCCCGAACACACCCAGUCAUGCUGAUCGCCGACAUCAAGCAGAUGUACCGCCAAGUCCUGGUAGACGAGCAGGACACUCCACUGCAGCGAAUUGUUUGGCGAGUUUCCCCCGACACUUCGAUGGAAACCUUUGAACUAAAGACCGUAACAUACGGCACAGCCAGCGCACCGUACCUUGCAACGAGAGUUCUCCAGAAACUAGCCGACGACGAACGCGACGAGUACCCCGAAGCAGCUGAAGUUCUACGCAAGGAUUUCUACGUCGACGAUCUGUUUUCUGGUGGACGCAACAUAGCAGAAACAACCGCCUUACGCAAGCAGCUCGACGCGCUGUUACUCAAGGGCGGUUUCGAACUCCGCAAAUGGGCAUCCAAUGAAGAAGCAGUACUGGAGGAUGUCCCAGCAGAAAAUCGUGCUGUACAAGGGUCGGUCGACCUGGACCGAGAUCCGUGCAUAAAAACGCUUGGACUGCACUGGGAACCGUCCACCGACCAGCUCCGCUACAAAAUUCAGCUUCCGACAUCGACGACAGACGCACCACUAACGAAACGCAUCGCACUAUCGUACAUCGCUCGUUUGUUUGAUCCGCUUGGACUUGUCGGACCUGUCGUAACAACCGCAAAAAUAUUCAUGCAGACUCUUUGGACCUUGAAGGACGACGACGGCAAGAUUUGGAGCUGGGACAACGAAUUACCAUCAGCCAUCAAGGAACGCUGGCACGAGUACCAAUCGCAACUCCAUCGGUUGAACGAUUUGCGCAUCGACCGUUGUAUUCUUCUUUCUAAUCCCGUAUCAGUUCAGCUGCAUUUCUUCUCCGACGCUUCGGAACACGCAUACGGCUCGUGUGUCUACGUCCGCUCUACAGACGCCUCUGGAGCAGUUAAAAUCUGCCUGCUGACCGCAAAAUCGAAGGUAGCACCCCUGAAAAAGCAAAGCAUUCCGCGACUCGAGCUCUGCGGUGCCCUUCUGUCUGCUGAACUCUACGAGAAGGUGACGUCAUCGCUUCAAAUCGCUCCAGAAACGUUCUUUUGGGUCGACUCGACUAUCGUGCUGAGUUGGCUAAAUUCUUCUCCGUCGACCUGGACAACGUUCGUGGCCAAUCGAGUCUCCAAGAUUCAGACCGCCACGCAAAACUGCUCUUGGAAUCACGUAGCAGGCCAGCAAAACCCAGCAGACCACAUUUCCAGAGGGAUACCGGCAGAAACCCUUCUCCAAUGUGAUCUCUGGUGGCAAGGAUCACAAUGGCUUCAGAACGACCAAAGCGACUGGCCCAUUCAACAACACUACAACAUUCAGCAUUCCGAAGUUCUCGUAGAAACACGAAAGGCACCGGCAGCAGUAGUUCCAGCUAACAUCGAACCAUCAUUCGUCGACGAAUUCGUCGAACAAUUCUCCGACUUCCAGCAUAUGGUCCGAGUAGCUGCUUACUGUCGACGAUUUCUUCAGAAUUGUCGAAAAACUUCUACAGCACGAGCGGAAUCAGCACAUCUCACAGUUGACGAGCAGAAGGACGCAGAAGCGACGAUCAUCAGACUCAUCCAACAACAAAGCUUCAGCAAUGAGUACAAGGCCCUCCAACAAGCGCAACCAGUAUCCCCGAAAUCUCGUAUCCGUUGGUUUCAUCCCUUUAUCGACUCAGAUCAGCUGAUUCGCAUUGGCGGCAGACUGGGGAAAGCCAAUCAGCAGUACGACAGUAAACACCAGAUUCUUCUUCCCGCUUCGCAUCAUUUCUCCAUCAUACUCGUUCGCUACUACCACGAGAAGCAUCUGCACGCAGCACCCCAACUUCUACUUAACCUACUUCGAUUACGGUACUGGAUCACCGGGGGCAGAAGUCUGGCCAAACGCACAGUUCACAAAUGUGUGAUUUGCGUUCGAGCUCGCCCCAAGCUGCUCGAGCAAUUCAUGGCUGAACUACCCGCAGCUCGAAUCACCGCAGCUCGACCAUUCUCAUCGACUGGUGUCGACUAUUGGGGACCGAUUUCGUUAAAACCACCCCAUCGAAGAGCUGCACCCAUCAAGGCCUACGUUGCAGUUUUCGUGUGCUUUGCAACGAAAGCUGUGCACCUUGAAUUGGUGGGUGACCUGAGCACUGCCAAAUUUAUUGAAGCGCUUCGCAGAUUCGUCUCUCGUCGCGGAUUGUGCGCCGAAAUCUACAGCGACAACGGACGCAACUUCGUAGGAGCAGCCAACGAACUGCGUCAAAUAUUGCGAAGCAAGGUUCAUCAGCAAACAAUCGCCCGCGACUGCGCCGACAAUGGAAUCCGUUGGCAUUUCAACCCCCCACGAGCAUCACAUUUUGGUGGCCUAUGGGAGGCCGCAAUAGCAUCCGCUCAAAAGCAUUUCGUUCGAGUACUUGGGACGCACACUCUACCCUACGACUCGAUGGAAACCCUGCUAGCGCAAAUCGAAUGCUGUCUCAACUCUCGUCCUCUCGUGCCACUGUCUGACGAAUCGACCGACUUAGAAGCGCUAACCCCAGGCCAUUUCCUCACUGGAGCCGCUUUGAAGGCUGUCCCGGACAUCGAUGUCACCGAGAUUCCCUUCAACCGACUUCGCCAGUGGCAGCAGACGCAAAAACUGUAUCAGCAGUUGUGGAAACGAUGGCAUUUGGAAUACCUGUCCACGCUACAAUCCCGUACGAAAUGGUGCGACCCUCCUGUGCAAAUAAAAAAGGACCAGUUGGCAGUCAUCAAAGACGAAAAUUCCCCGCCGAUGAGCUGGCCGACUGGAAGAAUCAUCGAGCUUCACCCCGGUGACGACGGAACAACGCGUGUCGUCACUCUUCAAACACCCAACGGCCGAUAUACUCGACCGGUAUCCAAAAUUUGUCUGCUGCCAGUCUCAACAGCAGCAGAAAACCAAUCACCACCCACCACAGCAUGA